AUGAAAGCUGGAGCCUGCCAGUUCUUGCUUCCACUGCUGCUGUUGGGCCAAGUCUCCAUGGUCCUGGCCUUGAAGUGUCAUGAGUGUGUGGGGAUUGGCGACUGCCUGAAGCCUACAGAGUGUAACAACCAAACAAGAUACUGCCUAAACACCUGGGAUACUCCUCCAGGUGAGAAGACUUGGGUGACCAAGUCUUGUGCUUACAGCUGUCCACCUGCUCUAGAAGAAUAUGGUUCUUCCCCAGCCACCUGCUGUAGGACAGAUCUCUGUAACAGUGCACUGACCAUUGGCCUCAGUGGGGUCCUUCUCAUCACCUGUCUGUGGACUGGAGUGUCUAGGGCCCUGUUUUCACCUGGUCUGUAG